GCGUAAGCGUUUUCUUAAACAUAAUACUCAAAGAUAUGGUGUACUUUAGUCAGCGUCAAGUUUGUACAACACGAUUAUAUAGCAGGAAUAUACAUCAUCAAAUAAGGCAACAGAUGCGAGAUAUGGAACGGAUGGCACAUGGGAUGUUAAAUCCGUUUGGUUCACUAUUCAACAUGCACAAUACAUUUGACAGUAUAAUGGGAGAACCAUCGGGGACACGGCCAUCACAUGAAAUGGCGCUGAUGGAUCCGUUUGGCUUUAACCUGGGUGGCAUCAUGAGACAAAUGGAGAAUAUGCAGGCACAGGCGAUGAAUGACCCAAAUUCGCAUGUGUUUUCCCAUUCAACAAUGAUUAGCUUCGAUGGACGUAAUGGUGGACAACCUCGUGUAGUCGAAAAAUCAAUUCGUAAAACUGGUGAUGUGAAAGAAACACGACAUGCGAUUCGAACAGGCGAGGAUGGCAUAGGUGAUAAGCUCACUAUCGGGCAUACGAUCGGUGAUCGGACGCACGUGAUAGAAAAAAAGCGUGAUCGUGAUGGUCGAAUCAGAGAACGGCAAAGCUUUGUUAAUCUUGCACAAGAUGAAGCGGAAGCGUUUGAUCGCGAAUUUACAUCUCGUGCGCGGCGUAAUCUAAUGGGUGGUAGAACUGAUGGCCAGAGAACUCGGGCGAUUGAAGGUGGCAAUAGAUAUGGUGGUACGACUUCAAACAGCCGAAGUCAUGUACCGCGCAUCGGUGGUAGUGGUGCUAAUGCACCGAUUAUUACUCUUCCGGAUGAAGAGGAUGACAGCGAUGUGACGAUUGAAGAGGAUUACGGCAGAGGGAAAAGAUCCAGUUCUCGUUUUGCGUCCACUUCGGGCGGUCCGGUAAUCCGCGAAAUGACAGACGAUGAUGAAGAUGGUGUUAAUAACCAUAAACGACGAAAGGGUUUUUUUGGACGCCUGUUCAAGGAAAGUGAUGAAUGAAGCUGUAGUGUUUAUGCUGUAGAAGGAACGCACACAACAAAGAACUUUCUGUAUUUUGAAAAUCAUUUGAAAUCUAAAAUAUCUGUGGGUUAUGUUAUGCGUAAAUUUCGCAUUAUUACAAUCUGUGUAUUCGAAUACUACAAAUUGAUGUUUUGAUACUGCAUGACAGUUUUAUCUAGGAAUUUUAUCGUAUUUUAACAAAUUUUAUCCUGGAAUUUGAUAAUGAGAUACUGACAAUAAAUUUGAUGAACGUUUUUACGAGAAACCUCCAGCAAAGCUCUUUUUACCUGUAUCCUAACCGUAUGUUCUAGAUAAUGGAAAACCCCAGGUUUAAUUGACCUCGAGGGAUUUUCCCUUGCUUGUUGUUCAUCUAGAUCAGUUCGAUGUUUGUCGGUUGCUUUUGUUUGUGUCAUUCUUGCAGCAUCUUCUACAUCGGAUCCCCUUCACAAGUUUAAUGAAAUUGUUUUCAAUCAAGCUAUCUUGGAAUUGUUCUUUCGAAAUUUUCCCAUCUGUCAUGAUAUAAAAAUUUUUUUUUCUUCAAAGGAAUUCGGAAAUACCUGUGUUUUAGUAUCUGAAAUGAGUUAAAACUUUUCCAUAAUUUCAUCACUGGCUCUCCUGGUUUUA